AAACAGCAAAAACAACGUCGUUUUUAAGAAUGAGUAAAGCAGGCAGCAUCUCCAGCGGAAACAAGAGCCAGGGUAGCUCCGGUAGCGGUGUCCCGAGGAACUCUCCACCUAUCCCGAGGAACCGUUUCCAGAAAAGUGGCAACCAGGCGGUGUACGAGGUGAAAGAGACGGAAGACACCGUGAUCUACAGGGUCGACUUGCCUGGCUGUCCCGCCUCUGACCUCCAGUACUGGGUCGACGGCAACAACGUCCACUUCUUCGCCGACGAACCCGCCAUGUCCGAGUACGACCACGACGGUCGCAAAUACGGAGGCACCAUGGUGUUCAACCCAAUGGCGUACGACGUCAGCGGAGCGAAGGCAAAGCUCCGCGAUGGUGUGCUCUGGAUCACCGUCCCUAAGGUCCCCGGGGUGAACAUCAAGCUGACCGUCGUCGAGAAGAUGCUCAACUGCAAGAUCACAAGAGACGACGUAGUUUGAUCGAUGAGAGUCCGUCCGUACGUACGUCUUUUGUCUUUUUAUCCGUGUCUAUGGUGGUCGCUAUCGUCGUUUCUCUUGCGUGUCUACUGGUCUAGGGUUUGUCUGGUCUUUUCUUAAUUUCUAGUUUCUAAUAAAGGUGAACUUUUGUUGAGUCUGGUUUGUUCUUAUCUUGAUGUUUAAUGGUUAAGUGUGCUUUUGAUUUC